GGAACGCAUAACAACGUGUUUUUUCUAAUUAAAAUGUUUAUGAAUAUUUGUUCUUAAAUUAAUAAUGAAAUUCUCUUUCGAAAAUAUUAUGUGUAUUAUGAGGAACUCUUUUAUUCAUCUAACUUCUAUUUGGAUUAUCCCUUCAAAUACUCAAUUCAUUAAGAAAUAAACAUAAAUUAUGUCUUUUUUCACGAGUAAGACGGAUGUGACAUCUAUUUUAAAGACGUUUUCUGGUGUAAAACGACAUCAAGCCAAUGCCGUGGCCAUCAACAAAGUUCGAUUUUCCACACCCAAAGAGAAAGGCCUCGCAGAAUCUGUGCGCGUGGCCCUAGAAGAUCGAAAUUUCCAUCUGGUCAAGGAGUUCACAUACUUCAUCCGGGAAGCAGAACUUAGCGAUGGCGAGGUUGUUUUAAUCAUGAAAGAUGCUAAACGAAUUGUACACAAUUUGACUCCUGAGUUUGUUACCGUUGUCGAGGCUUUACUGUCCCUUAACUGGAGGAAAAGAAGUACAGAGAUAAUCGAAGCUUAUACUGAAUUUUGUAUAGAAUUACUGGUGGCUCACAAUAGAUACUUACCUAUUGGAGUGUCCAAACUUAUUGUCCAUUGGAUUCCAGGAGAUUUGGAUGAAUCCGAGUGGGUCAACGGAGGCCCUUCGGAAAAUACGCGAAAUGAGUUGAAACCUAUCCAUAAAGUACUGGAUCGCAUUUUAACUGCCGUGCCAAUGGCAUUUGAUAUUAUGAUUGAUGCGAUAUCCGCCAAAUUCCCCUAUUUUAAAAAGCCAUGCCAUGUGACGGCAGGGUAUCUGUAUAACGUGCUUUGGUUGUUAGAGUACAAGCCUAUAUUCGAGGAACUUGUUUUACAACUGGUUUUGCAAAAGCUUUUAUUGUUAGAUGUUAACGCUCCAAAAGAUGAAAUUGAAUUAGAAAUUAAUGAUCAGGAGGACAAAGUGGAAUCGGAUACCUUGUUUGAAAUAGACGAUGUAUUCGUCGAAAAUUUAACCAAAACUGAAAAAUCUGUGAGUCAUCCUGUUGGCAAAACCUUGGAUGUAUGCCUACUCUUGCUUUAUGAGUUUUUUGAUGGCAAAUGUCGAAUUAAUGAAAACAGUAGCGACCAACAGCGAAGGACUGCUAAUCGAUUAUUUAAGAUGUUACUUUAUUUAUUCGACGAAGUGUUAUUACCCAGCCACAAUACACAUCAUGUGCAAUUCAUCUUAUUUUAUGUAACUAGUCUGCGUUCUGUAUAUUCCGAAGCAUUUCUUGACUCGUUAUGGUUGAAAGUUCAAAAUCCGAAUGUAUCGGCCGUAAUUCGUCAUGCUGCAGUGGGGUACAUGGCUAGCUUUUUAUCCCGCGCCAGAUUUUUGUCACUUAGCACUGUUAUUUUCUACCUAAAAGAAUUAACAAAGUGGGCUCAUACAUACAUAGAUGACUCGGAUGCAUAUAAGCAUAGCUGCUCUCUGAAGACCAAUUUGGUUUUCUAUUCUGUUUGCCAAGCUGUGUUCUAUUUAAUUGCAUUUCGCGCAAAAGAUUUGACUGCCAGUUCAAAAGAUUUGCUGUUCCUCCAAUCCCUUCAACUAUCGCGCCUUGCCAUGUGUCAUUUAAAUCCCCUGCGUUAUUGUUUAGCCCCAGUGGCUACAGCUUUCGCUGGUGUUACAAGAACUUACCAAUUGGCCUAUUGUCAUACUGUUUUGGAGCGCAACGCUCGCCGUAAGCUUGCUACAGUUUACGGGCAUGAAAAAUUCAUGCCCGAUGAGACACUGGAGUCGUUCUUCCCCUUUGAUCCUUAUGUACUUAUAUUAUCAAAAAAGUAUAUUGAGGCCAAUUAUAUGGUUUACCAGAGUAAUGACACGGAUGAGUGUGUAUAUGGGUCUAUUAAAUACGACCAUUCUAGAAAACGUGGUGACUCGGAAAUGCUAGAAGAAGACGAAUUCCUAAUAGCGGACAAACGCCAAAAGAAUUUCGAACUGUCUAAAAGUCAAGAAUUGGACAAACAAUUUCAGUUCGGAUCUUCGCCAGGAUUUUACGAAUAAGUACUUAUGUUUUCUUCGAAUUGCCAAUAAAAAAGCAAAUUAGAAAUGU